AGCAGGUUGACGAGAAAAGCAAAGAGUAAGGGUGGGAGAAAGAAAGAAAGAAAUGUUUUAACUAUUUUAUUUUAUGUAUAGCAUUUAUUGAUAAAACCGUAUGAUUCCCUUGUCUGCAGAUGUGGUAUUCCAUGAACAGCAUCAACCUGGACACAAGGCAUCCAGGGACUCCAACGUGGAGGUGCAGCCAGCCUACAAAAAACCCAGAAAGGCUAUCCUGGAACCUGAACAUGAACCAGGGGUCCAUGAUGCCCAAGACCUGAACUUCCAAGCUAACGAGUUCUUGGCCAGCAUGUCACGUGUUACAGAACACAUAGAGACAUUGAUAAGGACUAGGGCAGAGGCUUUUGAACGCAAGGCCGAAGCUGAGCAACACCUUGAACAAGCAAAACGCAUCAUACGUAAAGAAAUGGCCGUGAUUAGUGAUACUUCACAACAGCUACGAAGUCUAAAGACACGUGCAAGCCCUGUGUGUGAUUUCGUAGACAGAAAUAAAAAAGAUCAACCAUACCCUGUCUGCAUACAGGUGGGGGGAGGGCCCGCAUCUAGCCACCAGCCAGGAGGGCAUAGGAAUGCUUCUGAUUCUUCAGACGAAUUUGAACCAUCCGUGGAGUCACCUAGUGGCCCCGGUCCUCAGAAUGCUUUUACUGAACAGUGUGUAACCCAGAAUGGGACCGCUCGAUGUGAGGCUUCUGAUGUUGGCCCAAAUGCCACCCCCAAAGAGCGGGCUACCCACAGUGGAGCUUCUCGAGGGGGCUUGGCAUUCGAUGUUGGACCUGCAGCGGGUUCCCAACAGUUCUCUUCUGAAGAAGCAGCAGGCAUUUCUGAAGAACCCCCACCUGUGGAUCUUUAG